UGAUUGGAGACAGACAGUGAGUUUCCCUGCGUUCCACAUCUCCAUUCCCUUUCCUUGUUGACUCUGAAUUUUGAUUUUCGUCCUACCCAAAACUUUCUUCUGUUUCUGUAAUGCAACUCUAAUAUUUUCAUGUGUUCUACAUUUGGAUUAUUAUCGGUCGCCUUCACAAACCCAUCUCACAGAUUCACCUAACACCCUUUCAUUUCAAUCAAAAGCACCAUUCCCUCUUCAAUUCUACCUCCAAUUUUUCCCUUUUGUUCAUUCUGCACUUCUGAUAAAAGGGUUGAUUGAAUUUGAUUCAUUUUUCAUCAAUUUUUUUGGGAACCAGCGAGAGCACGAUGGGAGAUGUGGCAAAGGACCUUACAGCUGGGACUGUUGGAGGGGCAUCACAAUUGAUAGUUGGACAUCCAUUUGACACCAUCAAGGUCAAGCUUCAAAGCCAACCUACACCACUCCCUGGCCAGCUUCCCAGGUAUUCUGGUGCAAUUGAUGCUGUCAAGCAGACAGUGGCAGCUGAAGGUCCAAGGGGUUUAUACAAGGGUAUGGGAGCCCCACUUGCCACAGUAGCCGCCUUCAAUGCUGUCCUGUUUACAGUUAGGGGACAAAUGGAAGCAUUACUGAGGUCGCAUCCCGGUGCUAUCCUCACAGUAAAUCAGCAGGUUGUUUGUGGAGCUGGAGCCGGGAUUGCUGUUUCCUUUCUAGCAUGCCCUACUGAAUUGAUCAAAUGCAGAUUGCAAGCUCAAAGUACGCUAGCUGGCUCCGGAGCAGCUGCAGUGGCAGUGAAAUAUGGUGGACCUAUGGAUGUGGCCAGGCAUGUUCUCAGGUCAGAAGGGGGCUUGAAAGGUCUUUUCAAGGGCUUGGUUCCCACUAUGGCACGAGAAAUACCAGGAAAUGCUGCAAUGUUUGGUGCAUAUGAAGCAUUAAAGCAAUUACUUGCAGGUGGCACUGAUACCUCAGGACUGGGUAGAGGUUCUUUGUUGCUUGCUGGAGGCUUGGCUGGAGCUGCCUUCUGGGCCAUAGUUUACCCAACUGAUGUUGUUAAGAGUGUGAUUCAAGUAGAUGAUUACAAAAACCCAAAGUUUUCUGGUUCAAUUGAUGCUUUCAGAAGAAUUCGAGCUUCUGAGGGGCUCAAAGGCCUGUACAAGGGUUUCGGUCCUGCUAUGGCUCGAAGUGUUCCUGCUAAUGCAGCUUGCUUCUUGGCAUAUGAAAUGACAAGAUCAGCUAUGGGAUGAUUAAUUCAUACAGAAAGCCUCAUAGGAGGGGUGCCAUUGAGUUCCCAUGUUUCCUUUUUCUUUUUUUAAUUCCUAAAACAUUUUCAUUUCAUGCAUUGCAAUUGUAAUAUGGCCACAAAGGCUUAACUUGUUAUUGCUUCAAGGAAUCAUUCUUUCACCCGUGGAAAUACAUGCAUCCUUUUUUA